AUGGCCGAUCUAAAGCUUAAGGAAUUCCUUAAGCGGAAUGAGGAAUCACUUGAACAUCACCGAGCGCCGCCUCUAUUACGGGAUCUGGUCAGCACGAAGCCCAUGCCAGGAAGCAUCUGUAUUCUAACUUGUUCGGACGCUCGGGUCGACCCACGUGACUACUUUGGCCUUAGGUUUGGAGAGGCCCUGGUAAUUCGCAACGCAGGUGGUCGGGCAGUUGAUGCUUUCCGAAGCCUUGAAGUGAUGGGGACAAUCGGUCCCAUUGACCUGAUCGUUGUGGUUCAUCAUACUGACUGCGGCGCACUGUUCACAACGGAGGAGGAGAUACGAUCGAAACUCAGUCAAAGAGCCCCUGCUCACGCUGCUUCAAUUAAAGAGAAGUGGUUUGGCACCUUCAGGGAUGUCGGUGUUGAUGAAAGCAUUCGCCAGGACAUGGAAGAAAUUAGGAGAUGGCCAUUUUUACCGGCAAAAGCUGAGGUUGUGGGUUAUGCGCUUGAUAUUGAGACGGGUGCUAUGAGGAAGGUGGUUUCCUGA